GAAGCAAAAUCGACGAAAGACUUGUAGACUUACACUAAACAAUCGCACGCACACAUUGCUCGACAGACUUAAGCUCAGCUCGUCAUGGCAGCCCCUCCUGUUGUCAACUUCAUCACUGGCAAUGCGAACAAGCUACGCGAAGUCAAGGCAAUUCUCGAGCCGGCCAUAACAGUGCGGAGUCAAGCAAUAGAUCUCGAAGAAGUGCAAGGGACAGUAGAGGAAGUGACCGAAGCCAAAUGUCGCAAGGCUGCUGACAUGGUCAACGGCCCUGUUCUUGUGGAGGAUACAUGUUUAUGCUUCAAAUCUCUCGGAGACCUGCCAGGACCCUACAUCAAGUGGUUCAUGCAGUCGAUUGGACAUCAAGGCUUGAAUAAUCUUCUCGUCGCAUACGAUGAUAAGUCGGCCGAUGCCGUGUGUACAUUUGCAUAUUCACCUGGUCCAGGCCAGAAGCCCACCCUAUUUCAAGGCCGCACAAGACUACGCAGAAAUGGACAAGGCCGCGAAGAACAAGAUUUCGCACCGAGGCCUGGCAUUGUCCAAAUUGCAGCAAUGGUUCUCUGA